GCGGGAGAGUGAGGGAAGGCUGGAAGACGAGGAUGUUUCCCCAGUGAGAGGAAGUGCACCAUGGCAGUUUUUGAUACUCCUGAGGAGGCCUUUGGUGUUUUACGUCCCAUCUGUGUUCAGCUCACAAAGAUCCAGACAGUGGAGAAUGUGGAGCAGCUGCAGGCACAGUUACAUACUGUGAGUGACUCUGCCCUCCAGGAACUUCAGCAGUACAUCCUCUUCCCUUUGCGCUUCACCCUGAAGAUUUCAGGUCCCAAAAGGGAGCGCUUGAUUCAAAGCGUGGUGGAGUGCCUCACAUUUGUCCUCUCCUCAACAUGUGUGAAGGAACAGGAACUUCUCCAGGAACUCUUUUCUGAGCUCUGCAGUUGUCUAUAUUCCCCCAACUCCCAAAAACCCGCCUCUGUGUCAGAGGAAUUGAAAUUGGCUGUGAUCCAAGGCCUCAGCACAUUAAUGCACUCGGCUUAUGGGGACAUCAUUCUGACUUUUUAUGAGCCCUCCAUUCUGCCUCGUUUAGGAUUUGCUGUAUCUUUAUUGUUAGGCCUAGCAGAAGAGGAGAAGUCAAAGCAAAUUAAAAUCGCUGCCUUAAGAUGUUUACAGGUUCUACUUUUCCAGUGUGAUUGUGAUGACCAUCCAAAGUCUUUGGAUGAGCUUGAGCAAAAGCAGCUGGGGGACUUGUUUGCUUCAUUUUUACCUGGAAUCUCAACUGCACUGACCAAAAUUAUUACAGGAGACUUUAAACAAGGGCACAGUAUUGUCGUAUCUUCUCUAAAGAUCUUUUACAAAACAGUGGGCUUUGUCAUGGCUGAUGAACAGCUCAGAAGAAUCUCAGAGGUCCAAGCAACACCCACAGUGGAGCACAGAAUAGCAAAGCUAAUGGUUCACAGGGAAGCCAAUUGGGUAAAAAAUACUGGUGACAAGUUGACUAUCCUUAUUAAAAAGAUAAUUGAGUGUGUUUCAGUUCACCCACACUGGAAGGUGAGGCUGGGACUGAUAGAACUUGUUGAGGCCCUUCUUUCAAAGUGCAGUCAGUCACUGGUCGAAUCAGCUGGUCCCCUUCUGAAGGCUUUGGUGGGUCUACUAAAUGAUGAGAGUCCUGAAGUUCAAGCCCAGUGCAAUAAAGUUCUGAGACAUUUUUCAGAUCAGAAUGUAGUGGUGGGCAGCAGAGCCUUUGCUGACAUAUUGUCAGAAAACCUACAUUCCCUUGCCACCUCUCUUCCCCGCCUGAUGAACUCCCAAGACGAUCAGGGCAAAUUCUCUACACUUUCCUUGUUACUCGGUUAUCUGAAACUCUUGGGCCCCAAAGUGAACUUUGUUCUCAACUCUGUGGCCCACCUUGAGCGCCUUUCCAAAGCACUUAUCCAAGUUCUAGAAUUAGAUGUGACUGACAUCAAAAUUGUUGAAGAGCGGCGUUGGACCACUGAUCAUCUGAGUGCUUCUCCAAAGACCUCAGCCGCACGGCCUUGGAGACAAAUCCAGAGGAGAUAUUUCCGAUUCUUUACUGAUGAGAGGGUUUUCCUGCUCUUGCGGCAGGUCUGUCAGCUUCUUGGUUUUUAUGGGAACCUCUAUUUGCUUGUGGAUCAUUUUAUGGACCUGUACCACGAGUCCGUGGUUUACCGAAAGCAAGCUGCCAUGAUCCUUAAUGAACUGGUUGCCGGGGCCGCUGGACUGGAAGUGGAAAACCUUCAUGAAAAACAUAUUAAAACAAGUUCAGAGGAACUGAGAGAGAUUGUGACAUCUCUACUUGAAGAAUACACGAGCCAAGAAAACUGGUAUUUGGUCACUUGUAUUGAAGUUGAAGAAAUAGGAGAGGAGCUAACAAUGAAGCAGUCAGGCCUCCAGGCCAUCACAUCUGGUGCACACACCUGCCAACUUACACCUUUUACAGCCUUCUCAAAGCCAAGUCCCACUAUUUGCUCCAUGAACAGCAACAUCUGGCAAAUAUGCAUCCAGUUGGAAGGGAUUGGCCACUUUGCAUAUGCACUAGGAACAGAAUUCCGUUUGCUCUUGAUGUCAGCCCUCUAUCCAGUUCUGGAAAAGGCUGGAGACCAAACCCUGUUCAUUAGCCAGGCAGCUACCAGCACCAUGAUGGACAUUUGCCAUGCUUGUGGCUAUGACUCCCUACAGCACCUGAUCAAUCAAAAUUCAGACUAUUUGGUGAAUGGGAUCUCAUUAAAUCUGCGUCAUCUGUCUCUGCACCCCCAUACCCCAAAGGUUUUGGAAGUCAUGCUGAGGAACUCUGAUGCUAGCCUGCUUCCUUUGGUGGCAGAUGUGGUUCAAGAUGUCUUGGCUGCCCUGGACCAGUUUUAUGAUAAGAGUGCUACUUCCUUUGUCAGUGUUCUGCACACCCUGCUGGCUGCAUUAGCCCAGUGGUUCUCGGACCCAGGUGAUCUUGGGCAACUCCAAGAGCAAAAUGUAGGGGAGGAGGGAAGUCAUUUGAGCCAAAGAUCAGCAGCUCUUCAGAACAGACUUGAGAAUACUACCACACCUGAAGACAUUGAACAGUUUUUGCUGAACUACCUCAAGGAAAAGGAGAUAGCACAUGGAAAUGUCUCAGAUUUUGAUGAGGAAGAGGAGCAGUCAGACCCUCCCAAAGUGGACGAGAAUGACGCUGGCCCCCAUGUGGAGCCCCCACUGCCACUGCAGAUCCAGAUAGCCUCAGAUGUGAUGGAGCGCUGCAUCCACUUGUUGUCAGAUAAACGUCUGACAAUCCGCUUGAAGGUUCAACUGCCAAAAGGAGCCAAAUCCCCUUUGUGGAAUUAAAAUCCACAAAGUUUUGGAGAGUCAUUGAAUUUCCAAGGGAAAGAAAG